AUGGGAUUCCACAUGUCUAAGUCUGAUAAUUCUCUGUUCGUUCUUCAUAAUAUAGGAGUAACUAUUUAUGUUCUAAUUUAUGUGGACGAUAUCAUUCUUACUGGCAGCAAUGAAGUACUCCUUCAGCAAGUAGUUACCUCUCUUUCAAAAACAUUUUCUCUCAAGUAUCUUGGUUUACUGCACUAUUUCUUAGGCAUUGAGGUACAUAGGGAUGAUGAUGGCCUGUUUCUUAGUCAAUCUAAAUAUAUACAAGAGGUGCUACAUGACACUAAGAUGCAAGAUUGCAAAGGCAUCCACUUACCAAUGAGUACAUCGGCACCACUAUUGGUAGAUGACGGAGCUCCCAAAACUGAUGGCACAGAGUAUAGAAGUGUACUUGGAAAGCUCCAGUACCUUUCACUUACCCGACCUGACAUCAUCUAUGCAGUAAACAAGCUUACUCAGUUCAAUACCUUUCCCUCUGUGGCUCACUGGCAAGCAGUUAAACGGCUACUUCGGUAUCUUAAAGAAACAUUCCUUUCAAUUCUUUCAACCGAUUUGGAAUCCCAGUAUGGUGUCCAUAUUUCCCCACAACAGUCCACCAAUCUUUCUGCUUAUGCUGAUGCGGAUUGGGCAGGUGAUAUUAAUGAUCGCCGCUCAAUAUCAGGUUACAUUAUCUUUCUCGGCAUAACACCAAUUUCUUGGUGCUCUCGUAAGCAACCGACUGUCUCUCGCUGCUCCACUGAAGCAGAAUAUAGGGCAGUUGCUUCUGCGUUGUCUGAAACAAACUAG